AUGGACAAUCCUGGAUCCGCAGUGAAGAUUUUGGAAGGAAAUCUUAGCAAAAAGCCAGAGCAAGAGACGGGAGCAAUAAAUCAGGCCGGGAGAAAGUCUGAGUCGAAGGACGCUGUUGCCUCGUCUAUCACUCCUCGGCCAGCGGAAGCACACGCUGGGGAACUUCCUCCAGUGGCUCUCCAGCAGGGUGGCACCGAUCGACCCCAGUCCUGUCUCACCCAGGGCCAGGGCCCGUUAGGAAUGUUCGAAAGGCUCCGGUUGGGAGCGCGGCCGGCGAGCUGGGCCUGGGGCCUGGCGGGCAGGGCGAGAGGCGCGGAGGCCCGGGGGCGCCGGGAGCGGCGCCUGGGCGGGCGGGCGGGCCCCGCGGUCGCAGGGAGUGCGCGGGCGCAGCCUCCCGCGGGAGAGGCCAGGGCAGGCCCGACGGCCUCCUUUAAAAUGAACCCCUGCCUCCGUUUUCGGGCGGGAUGGCGGCGCUGGCUCCUUUGGGGUCGCCUAGGCGGCCCGUGGGCCCGGCGCGUGGCCGGCGGCUCCUGCCCGGCCGCCCCUCGGCGGCCCGCGGCGCCUGGGCUCGGGACCGCGGGUGCCCGGCUGGCCCCGGCCGUACAACCUAGGGACGCGAGUAGUUUGAAGCGGCUCAUCUCAUUGCAGAGAGAUGAUGAUUCUGAUGAUGAUGAUUCUGCAAAUGACUUGCCAGAAUUUACAGAUGGGAUCAAGGCCAGAAGUACACAGAACUACCUGGUUCCCAGCCCUGUACUUAGAAUUCUAGACCACACUGCCUUUUCUACAGAAAAAUCUGCUGAUAUUGAAACUUGUGAUGAAGAGUGUGACUCACCUGAGUCAGUCAACCAACAAGCUGGAGAGGAGAGUCCUAUAGGAGUUCACACUGCUGACGAUGUUCCAAUGGCUGCAGAAGUGCAUGCAAUUUCUGAAGAUUAUGAUCUAGAGACCGAAAACAAUUCCUCGGAGAGUCUCCAAGACCAAACUGAUGAAGAGCCACCAGCUAAACUUUGCAAAAUUCUAGAUAAGAGCCAGGCUUUGAAUGUGACUGCCCAACAGAGAUGGCCUUUACUGGCAGCUAAUAGCAGUGGCCUCUGUGAGUGUGAACUUUGUGACUUCAACAGCAAAUAUUUUUCUGAUUUAAAGCAGCAUAUGAUCCUGAAGCAUAAGCGUACUGAUUCAAACGUGUGUCGAGUAUGCAAGGAGAGUGUUUCUACUAACAUGCUUUUGAUCGAACAUGCCAAACUGCAUGAAGAGGAUCCCUACAUUUGUAAAUACUGUGAUUAUAAAACGGUAAUUUUUGAGAACCUCAGCCAGCACAUUGCAGACACCCAUUUCAGUGACCACCUCUACCGGUGUGAGCAGUGCGAUGUACAGUUCGCAUCAAGCAGUGAACUCUACCUACGUUUCCAGGAGCACAGCUGUGACGAACAGUACUUGUGUCAGUUUUGUGAACAUGAAACGAAUGAUCCGGAAGACUUGCAUAGCCAUGUGGUAAAUGAACAUGCAUGUAAAUUAAUUGAAUUAAGUGAUAAGUAUAACAAUGGAGCACAUGGACAGUACAGCCCGUUAAGCAAAAUUACCUUUGACAAAUGUAAGAACUUCUUUGUGUGUCAAGUAUGUGGUUUUCGGAGUAGACUUCAUACAAAUGUUAACAGGCAUGUUGCUAUUGAACAUACUAAAAUUUUUCCUCAUGUUUGUGAUGACUGUGGGAAAGGCUUUUCAAGUCUGCUAGAAUAUUGCAAACAUUUAAAUUCACAUUUAUCUGAAGGGAUUUAUUUAUGUCAAUACUGUGAAUAUUCAACAGGACAAACUGAAGAUCUUAAAAUUCAUCUGGAUUUCAAGCAUUCAGCUGACUUACCUCAUAAAAGUAGUGACUGCUUGAUGAGGUUUGGAAAUGAGAGGGAAUUAAUAAGUCACCUUCCAGUCCAUGAGACAACUUGA